AUGACCAAUGCACCCUUCAUGCCGAACGUAGACUCUGAUAUGUUCAUCAACAACCCAAACAUUAUGUUCCAUGCAAUGUGUACGUUGCUCGGAUCCGAGAACGAAACCAAAAAUGCGUUUGCUCAGUUUCUACAGAUUUUCUAUGACAGACUCAAGGAUGAUCCAUUCGGGGAUCAGAUGGUAGUUUUGUACGGAAGGUGGGAUGGAGAUCCAGGCCAAGAACCAACCUACUAUAUACCAAUUGCUCUCUUCGUCCUUUACCAUAUAUACACUUUACCGGAGCAUCUUCGAACUGGUCUAUUGAUCCGAGCAUGGUGGAAAAACCAAAGAACGGGAACGAUAAAUACAAUGAGUGCUUGGUUUUUUGGAUUGAUUGGUGUCAUACUCAAACUCUUGGUAUGUGAGACAGUCUUUGAAGUUACAAAAGAUCAGUCUAGUUCAAGUGAUGAAGGCUCUGAAGACACUGAAGCUGGCAGAUUUCCAUUUGAAAAGUCUCCCAUUUUCGUGCCUCCCACAACUAUUUUGCUUCUGCAAUUGACAGCGCUGGCUAUGAGCUUGUUUGGGAUGCAACCACUGGCUCAUGGUUCACAAGGCACAGGACUUGGGGAAAUAAUGUGCAGUGUUUCAUCAGUGAUAUGCUUUUGGCCAUUUGUCAAAGGGCUGUUUGGGAAGGGAAAGUAUGGAUUGUCCAAUAUAUUCAAGUCAGAUAUCUUGGCCUUGCUUUUCAUAUUGUAUUCUCUUCUCCUCUAAGAGCUAGAUAAGCUUGGCUUUUACCAUAUUUUUAUCUUCCUUGGAGUAAGAGCUAGCUUAUUGAACAAAAAAGAUUGGCCUAUUGAGGCAGAUGAUAAACCUGUUGGAAGUUCAAAUAAAAACAUGAUGUCAAUGUUUGUGCGCUGCUUGAUGUCAAUACUUGUGUGUGCUGCCAGCUGCUUUUCUAUGAGUAAAGUUGCUGCAAUGUGUGUGUGUGAAAAGUCUAAAGUUACUACAAAGUGAGUGUGAAAGGAUGUAGAGACUUUGAACACUUUUAUUUUGUUAGGUAUGUGUUAAUCUUUGUUUGCUUUAAACAAUAGUUGUUGAAUAUGACUUUUGUAUGGAUAGCAUUAGAAAGUCUUUAUAA